CUGUCAGUUUAUGUAAAGCCAGCUAAAGGAGGCAAUUUCAUAAAAUUUAAAACAUCUUUGUAAAUAUUUUCGAAACCGGCAUGAGAGGAGCCGAUACGCUUAUACCAGCCCGCUUUUUAACCCUAUUAGGGCACUUCUGUGUGCUCGUAACACUGCUAUGGGAGAGCAAACAGAGUGUUCGUCACUGUUUGCCCAGCCGGUAUCACGACCGUCACUUCCAGAUAUAUCACAGCCGGUAGCAAACGAACACCAACAUUUGACCCAAACACACGAGUACAAAGCAGGAUGGUCAUUCUAUUUGGUGCUGGCUGGUGUCAUUACGACCUUGGGCUCGUCACUGCCAGUCGGCUUCAACAUUGGAGUUGUCAACACACCGGCUGACCUCAUUAAAACUUUCUGCAACGAGAGUUUCAUAACCCGCUACGACGUGGCACUGAGCAAGACAUGGUUGAACGUGCUGUGGUCUUCCAUCGUGUCCAUAUUCAUCAUCGGUGGAUGCACUGGCUCCAUACUGGGUUCAGUUUUGGCUGACAAACUGGGCAGAAAAAAGGCGACAAUAUUAACGAAUAUUUUGUCCCUCGCCGGCGCCGUGCUUUUUCUAUUCUGCCGCGAAGCAGACUCUGUAGAAAUGCUGCUCAUUGGUAGAUUACUUGUCGGUCUGUCCGGAGGUUUAACAACCAGUAUAGUCCCGAUGUAUUUAACCGAACUGUCGCCAGCGGCACUAACAGGCGCGAUGGGCGUGGCGUGUCCAAUGGGCGUCAAUGUUGGCGUGUUCGUUGGACAAGUUAUGGGCCUUGACUCUAUAUUGGGUGGUGAGAACGAUUGGCCCUACCUUCUGUCCGUUUAUGCGUUGCUAGUCAUAGUAAGCCUACCGGUGCUGUGUAUACUGCCCGAGAGCCCAAAGUACCUCUUUGUUGUUAAGAGAAACGAGGCAGCUGCCAUUAGUGAACUGAGCCGUCUCAGAGGUGUGUCACCAAGUGUCCUUACAGAGGAUUUAGAAUUAUUGAAAGAAGAGAGCAGAAACGAGGGUAGUUCAGGGGAAAAUUGGAGCAUGCUGAGAGUGCUAAAGGAACCGAAGUUGCGUUUGCCGCUACUGCUGACGUGUUCCAUGCAAGCCGGACAACAGACCAGCGGCAUCAAUGCGGUGUUCUACUACUCGCAGACGAUCUUCCGGCAGGCGGGGCUGUCGGCGCAGCGGGCGCAGUACGCCACCAUCGGCUCGGGCGCCAUCAACGUGUGCACGGCGGCGCUCAUGCUGCGGCUACUGCCGCGCGCCGGCCGCCGCCCGCUGCUGCUGGCCUCCGUGCUGGCGGCCUCGCUGCUGCUGGCGACGCUGGCUGCCGCUAUGGCGUUGAUUGAUGCAGCGUCGUGGAUGCCUUACGUCUGCAUGAUCGCAGUGUUGGCCUACGUUCUAGUCUACGGGUUUGGACUUGGUCCGAUACCAUAUUUUAUUGCUUCAGAGAUGUUCGAGGUGGCGCCGCGGCCCGCGGGCAUGGCGUGGGGCUCGCUCGCCAACUGGGGGGGCAACUUCCUGGUGGGCAUGUGCUUCCCCACCAUGCGUGACGUCAUCGGCCCCUACUCCUUCUUGCUCUUCUCCGCCGUCACCAUGGGGCUGUUUGUUUUUCAGAAGUUCUAUUUUCCGGAAACUCGCGGAAAGACACCAUCACAAGUAACUCAACUGUGCAGCCGCGGGUUCCGAUCCCGACCGUUGGCAACUUCCACUGCCAAUCACUUGUGACGCAUCGAAACUGGGGAGCAUUUACACGGUGACUGGACGUGACAGUGCUCGACUGAGACUGAUCUGGCUAUAGUUAAAUGAUACUCCAUUUUUUCUUACUUGUCUUUAAAUGUAAACAAUUUUGUUAUUACUUUUCGAUGUUUGACAUCUAUUGGCGAGGGUAAAACUGAUUGUUGGCAUGGCGAUACACGCCGUGGUGACGCACCACCACGCAUACGCCACGCCACGUAAGACAUAGCUUUAGCCACCUUUUUGAACAGUCUACUAUUAAAACAUAAAUACAAUAAAAAGUAACGAAAGUAUUGUUUACAUUAUUAGACAUUUAAGAAUAAAUAGACUUUAGAUAGAUUUGACGACCUCCCUGGCGUAGUUAUGACGCUGUGGUCUUAUUAGUGUUAGUUGGAGGGUUCGGCCGUGGCUAGUUACCAACCUAUCAAAAAGACGUGCCGCCAAGCGGUUUAGCGUUCCGGCACGAUGUCGUGUAGAAACCGCUUUGAGGUAGAGGUAUGGGUUUAAUGUAACUGCUAUAAAGCUGUGGGAGAACAUUUAAUUUUCCCCGGGAGAUAAUUUUCUUUUGCCCAUGCUAGCUGUGCAGGUGAGAUGGCAUUCAAGGGCUAAGUUUUAGUGGUAUAAAAAAACACUAACACAUUUCUGAGCACUCCGUCCAGUGGUGAUAACUGAAGGGAAAACUGUUCGGUUCGUUUAAGUCUAUAGCCCGUCCCGACUAGCCUUGUUUUAAUAUUUGUUACAAACAAUAACAUGUCACAGAAAAAUGGUACAUCACGUUAAAUUUAAGUUAAAUUAGUAAUUUAUUUAAUCACAAUCUCUAGUACGCGGCGCUGGUUCUAUGUGACAUUCUAUUCAGUGGCGUGCACUUCAUACAUUCACAAAAGCACUGCCUACCUUAAAAUUUAUAUAUAAUUCGUAUGAGAGAAGAAUUUUUGCCGUCUUAUGCAAUUUUCCUGCUGUAUGCAUACCCUGGUAAGAAACACAGUGCACGCCACUGAUUCUAUUGUUACUCACUCACUGUAUGACGUCAAAUUUGUCGGUUAUUGUACUAAGACUCGCUUGCACCAAGCUGGGUUAAAGUUUCUUAACACUCGGUUCUUUAAAACUCCGGGUUAGAUAGUUAAAAUUUUAAUGCUAUAUUGUUUUGCGAAAAAUUAAAGAAACAGUUAGGAAACCCGGAAUUUCUUUAUUUUACGCUGGUAAUAUAAAUCGACCAAAUAGUAAUGAGUGAACUUUUACUCUACAACUCUUUGUGUAUUACUGUCUCAUGUCUUUUGUGUUUUGACACGUUUCGAAAGAAUCUUUAGAUUGUUGGUUUUUGAAACUAUAUUUCAAUUUGCUCUUAAUAAUCAAUUUUGCCAUUACUAUUGCUGAGUUAGUGAUUUAACCUUCCAAUAUUAUUGGGUUAAUAAUUUGCAGCUAACUCUGAAUUAAAUAAAAUAACCCUGGGUGGCGCAAGCGAUUUUGCAAAUUUGACGUCAUAAUAUUAUUUUGUCAUACAGAAUGACUGCCCAAUUUACAAUAGUGGUUUAUGUGUGUUCAGCUUUAUCUUAUGAAAUGUUUUAGAAUAAUAAGUAUUUCGAACGUCAUAAAUAUAUUUUUCUAUAAUUGAU